CCUAGGCCUAUUAGGGUUUAUUUAUUCAAAUUUAGUUUUCAAACAGUUUAAGGGUUAAUUUUUGCGCAACACAUUAAAUUCCUCUGAGUUUAAAUGAUUAAUACAAAGUGACGUUAUAGGAUCAUUUGCAUAUUCAUCAUUUUCUAAUGAAGUCAUUUAUUCUAUAUUAAAUAUCUCAAACUGUUCAUCAGCAUAAGGUAAACUUAUUUCCGCUAAGUUAUUAUUAUUCUAUGAAACAUGAUAGGCUUAUUCAUUGGGUUGUGUACUUCUAAAGGUAGCAUCUCAUUAAUGACUGUUGCUAUUGUCGCAGGAAUAUAAUAUGUUUCAUUUUUUAUCGGUGCUGUAAGAAUUUCAAUGUCAUCAGCUAUAUUCGUGUUGAAAUAACAUACUUGAACUGAAUUACUUGGAAUCUCAAAAUUUUGAUUUUCGAAAUCUGUUCUAUAUUGGAACGGAAUUGUUGUUUUAUUAUUAGAAAGAAGCAUAUUAGAAAAAUCUAUAUUUAAAUUAUUAUCUUGUAAUGCUUUGAUUCCAAUGAGUUCAUCAAAAUAAUCGUGGAAAUUAUACAAUGUUGUUUUGAAUAUUAUAUUUUUGUAAAAUUGGGACAUUGACUUUUCCUUGGGUUUUUCUUGUACCCAUACAACUAGUUAACUUGUUUCGUGAAUUUGAAAAAUAUUCUUCUGCGAUUGAGGUACGAUUUCCUGUAUCAAUUAAUAAUUUACACGGUGGAUAGUCUAUUUGAAUAAAAGGUAGUUGGUUGAUUUGAUAAGUAUUUAAAGUUAAUAACCAUAUAUCUUUAGAACUAUCAAAUAUCAGCGGCGUAUCACAAGAAAGUACACUGGGCCCAUUGUUAUUCUUAAUUUAUAUUAAUGAUGCAGUUGAAAUAAUUGUUCAAUACAUAUGAUACAUUAUUAUAUUUUAAAUAAGAAAUCCUGAAUUUUCACUAAAAAUCUAAAUCAGCAAUCAUGUACCAUUUUGGCAUGAAACUGGACAUUAUUAUUACCAAUUUUAAUUUUCAAAAUUACUCAAUUACGCCCAGAGGUAACAUUAUUUUGAUCCUGGGCCAAUAAAUAGUUUCGUGCCUUGAAAAUAACUUGAAUCUCCUUCUGAAAACAUUAUAAUUUUGUGCUUGAUCGCGAGUAGAUUCAUCUUUCAAAAAAUCAUUGAUUGAAAUGCUCUUGCUCAAAUACGAUCCUGUUUUCGGACGGGAAUUCGUUUACUUGGACGAUUUCCGAUAUCCUCACGACUAUCGCAUACGACGUCCGAUCGAAUUUUACUUUGAUUGGCCAUGGAAAUAUCGAUACUGGUUUACUAAUCGACGAUUCAGGCGCAAUUUGUAUAGAGAUUUGCGACUAAGAGAACUCACUUAUCUAAUGUAAUAUGGGGUUAGUAGGCUAGAAAAGUGCACUUGCAGUAGUGAAAUGAAGAUUAGUUUAACCUAGACUUUUGCUUAUAUUUUAUUUUUAAAAUUCUUACACUUGAACUGAAAAACAUUGUAUUGCAAAAGCCACUUAAUCAUCGACCGUAAAAAUAAGUUUAUUCUGGAAAUACGCCAACAAUUUGCCGAAAUAUCGGGGUAAUACAGAAUUCACCAUUCAAGCUUUGUCUGUGUGUUGGAGUGUGUGAUCUUAUUACAGCAUAAAAAAAAUGCCUUUGAAAACAAGAUACAAUCCAGUUUACGGUAACGAGUAUUACCUGGCCGACACGAGAUCGAUUCCCGACUAUCGAAUUCACAGAUCUUAUAAUUUUUACGAUUUUUGGCCUUAUGUGAUUAAAAUGACUCUUAGAAAUCGACCUUUUAGACGUUGGCUAACUUCUCCUACAUACACUAUGCUCGAAACACGUUGGGACCCUAUACAAGGGUACGACUACACUUACUGGCCCGAUUCGAAAUAUUUCAAAAACUACAGGUUUUCGCCUCCGAUCAAUUUCGACGAUCCUUGGUCCUAUAGAUCAAGAGUUUGGUUCCCGUAUUAUUGGUCUACGAGAAGAUUAUUUCAACAUUAUAUUGAUUAUAAACCUUCUGACGUGUCUAUCAGAGAUGUUAGAAUAUUCGAUACCGAAACCAGUCUAAUUCGGGCUCAGACCUCUGCGUUACUCAAGAGGGUACACGAUCCGGUGCCACGUGCUCAAAGGUUCAUUUGGCCUACCGUAAGACAUUAUAGCGAUUACGAGCUAUCGCCUUCAUAUUACAGUAGUACUAACUCGGUUCAAAGGGUACUUACGAGUUCUCCUUUGAGUAAAUCGAGUUACACUACUUACUAUACCGCUCCCGAAAGAAAGUACAUCGCUUCAGCUGCUCUUUCACUAUCCCCGGCAAGACCUACCCGUAAAUUCGGUUCGAAAAGGGCAACAGAAGACGAUGUCAAGCAAGACGAAGAAAUGCAAAAACUGCGAGAAGCACGCGCAGCCAGAUUGGCUUUCAUCAACGAAGAAGAAAAACUCGAAAGACAUUCUGCUUCGAGAGAAGUCGACGUGGCCGUCAAGGCUAAAAAGGAAAAAGAAGAUGCUGCUAGGUUAGCAGAAGAAAGAGCCUUGGCCGAAGAACAAGCCCGUCAACAAGCCUUGACCAAAGAAGCUGCCAGGAAAGCCGAACUAGCUAGACAAGAAGAAUUAGCUGCUCAAGCGGCCGCCCAAAGAGCCGCAGACCUUGCCGAGCUAGCUAGAAAAGAAGAAGCUAAAAAACAAGCUGAAAUUGAUAAAAAGAAAAAAGAAGACGCUGAAGAAAAAGCCCGCCUAGAAGAACAAAAACGACUCGAAGAAGCCAAAGCCGAAGAAGCUCUACAAGCCCAACUAAGACUAGAAGAAAUCGCCCGUAAAGCCGAAGAAGAAAGAGAGGACGAGCUCGCCCGACAAGCCGAAGAGCUUGCCGAAUUGGCGAGGCAAGAAGCCGAACUGGCCGAACAAGCGAAACACGAGGCCGAAGAAGAGGAACAAAGACGUCAAGAAGCUGAACUCGAAGAUUUGAGGCGUCAAGAAGCCGAACUCGCCGAACUAGAAAGACAAGAACAAGAACUGGCCGAAGUGGCAAGACAAGAAGCCGAAAUUGCCGAAGCUGCUAAACUUGAAGCAGAUGCUCAACAAGCCGAAUUAGAAGAAUUGGAAAGGGCUCAAGCUGAACUUGAUGCACUUGAAGAAGCGAUGGAAUCUGAUUUAGGGCCUGCACCUGCUCAGGAACCUGAAGCAGAAGUUGUUGAUGAAGCUGAAUUGGCUAGACAAGCUGAGCUAGAAGCGCUGCGCCGUGAAGAGGAAGAGUUAGAAGAACUAGAAAAGGCGCAAGCUGAAUUAGAUGCUUUGGAAGAAGAAGCCAAAGCGAUGGCGUCCGAUUUUGGACCGCCAGUCGACCACAACGACGACGAGGAAGAUGACGAAGCGAUUGCUGAAGGUGCUCAAUCAGAUGAAGACUAAAUAAAUUUAAUCUUUUUAAAAAAAAUUGUAUACUAAAAUGUAUUUUUGUUCGCUUUUAAAAUAGCAUUUUUGUUGCAUUUGUUAUGUACAUAUCCGAUUAUUAUUUGUUUUGUUUAUUAAUGUUGUCUUUUUGAGAAAAUAAAAGAACUUGUUGUGUUAUCUA